AUGAACAUAACACUUUCCUCUCCGCGACUAUCCUCAGGCCAAGAUCCAGACAAUCCUUCUCUCGUCGCCUCUCACAUACCUAAUGACAUACCCACAAACCAUGUUUUGAUAAAAGUGGAUAGGUUUGGAUUCUCCGCCAACAAUGUGACCUACCAAGCUUUGGGAGAACAUCCACAUUUUCGAUACUUCGAUUUCCAUCCUGCGCCAGAGUCGGACGAUGGAAAAAGCUCCUCUAAGACGCACGGAUUAAUCCCUGUCUGGGGAUUUGGGACCGUUGUCAAGUCGAGUCACCCUAAAAUCAAGAACGGGGAACGAGUGUACGGGUAUCUAGCCCCAACUCGCUACCUGCUUUUGCCGGUGUCACCAUCUGAUGUGAACAAGUUUGCGUUUUAUGUGCCACGUCCUCACUUACCGGCAGAUAGAAGACCAUACAACCAAAUCCUGAGGUGCGAAGCAGACCCGCAUUACAUUCCUACUCCGGAUGCCGAGGAUCUUACCAUGCUUUAUCGACCCCUUUUCUGGACAUCCUACUGGUGCGAAGACUGGCUGCACUCUUCCAGAUACAAAGGGGGCGCUUCUACAAUUCUGAUAUCAUCUGCGUCUUCCAAAACAGCCUUUUGCCUUGCCUAUGCGAUAUCGAAGCGCAUUAGGAAAGGUGAAGCAGAUCCGAACACGCGAGUUAUAGGUCUUACUUCAAGAAGAAACGUCAACUUUACGAAGAAGUUGGGUCUCUAUCACGAGGUACUUGACUAUGGCUCUUUCACCUCGGCUGCAUCUUUACAAGGUCAUCGUGACGAGAGGUGGAUCUACAUUGACGUUGCGGGAAGCGACGAUCUGAAUAAGGUUAUAAAUUCUCAUUUUGCUUCUCCAUACACCCCUCAGUUAGCAGCGAUGGUUUCACUUGGAAUGACGAACCUUUCCCCAUCUUCUGCGGAGGGCUCGUCAAUGCAAUGGGAAGAAAACACAUUCGACACCUCCAACAACUACGAUUCCAAUACUCGCACAUCCUCUUUUUGGCCAAAAGUGGAGAAAUUCUUCAUGCCGGAGUGGCUAGACAUCCGCCGGCGCCAAAUACCAAUACUAGAAAUCUUUAGCCGACAGAAUGAAGCUUGGAAGGCGCUUAUGGACGAUUGCCAGGAUUGGGUGAAGUUGGAGCGGGUAUAUGGACCCGCCAACGUUAGAGACGCAUAUCUGAAGCUGGUUAAAGAGGGCCUUGGACCAGAUAAGGGCCUCAUAUGGAGCCUUUGGGACAGUGAUGACAAGGCAAGUCCGGUAAAUUUGGCCAAACUGUAA